CGCAGCCGCUCAAUUAACCGGGGCGCGAAACCGCUCCAGCGGCAGCCGGACGCUCUCUCUCUUCUACCUGGGGCCAUGGGCCGCGCACGCGCGCCGGGGACCCGGUCACCGCCACCGCCGCCGCGGGUGCCGCCGCCACUGCUGCUGCUGCUGUCGUCGUCGCUGCUGCUGCUGUCCCCGACCGUGCAGGGCGACUGCGGCCCACCUCCAGAAAUGCCUAACGCCACGCCAGAGGUGGAUGGGAAAACCAGUUUUCCCGAGCACAGCAAUGUGGUAUAUUCAUGUAAUAAAGGCUUUCAGAAAAUUCCAGACAAGGAACACACAGUGUUGUGUCUUGAAAAUGGUCAAUGGUCUACCAUCGAAACAUUCUGUAAUAAAAGCUGUGAUGCUCCAACAAGAGUGUCUUUUGCAUCUCUCAAAAAGGAAUAUAACAACUUGAAUUAUUUCCCGAUUGGUACCACUGUAGAAUAUGAAUGUCGGCCAGGAUUUCAAAGACAACCUUCACUAUCAGGCAUAUCAACUUGCCUUGAGAAUUUAGAAUGGUCCAAAGUUGAAGAAAUUUGUAAAAAAAAAGUAUGUCCUAAUCCUGGAGAAAUAAAAAAUGGUCAUAUCACCGUAGUAACCGACAUAUCAUUUGGUUCAGAAAUACGCUUCUCAUGCGACACAGGGUACAGGCUGGUUGGCUCAACCUCUAGCUUCUGCUCUCUUUCCGGAAAAACCGUCGCGUGGAGUGAUGAAUUUCCCGAGUGCAUAGAAAUUUUUUGUCCAGAUCCACCACAAAUCGAGAAUGGACGUAUUAAAGAGGAAAGUGAUACUUAUGCAUAUAGACACGCUGUCACCUACGUGUGUGACAAAGGCUUCGUCCUGCUUGGAAGGAGUUCCAUUUAUUGUAAUGUGGAUAAUGGCCAAGGGAAAUGGAGUGACCCAGCACCCCAGUGCAUAGAGAAAUCCAAGGUCCCAUCAACAUCUCCAAAACCGACAACAGUUAAUGUUCCAGGUACUCCAAAACCGACAACAGUUAAUGUUCCAGGUACUCCAAAACCGACAACAGUUAAUGUUCCAGGUACAAGAGUCUCACCAACAUCUCAGAAACCUACCACAGUUAAUGUUCCAGGCACAAGAGUCUCACCAACAUCUCAGAAACCCACCACAGUUAAUGUUCCAGUAACGCAGCGUGUACCUGCUACCAAGACAACCACACGUCAUCCACCAGGAACAUCUAAAGAUAAAGAAAGGUCUACCUCAGAUGGUAACCGUCUUAUAUAUGGACUUGUUGCUGGUACUAUAGUGAUUGAUAGCAUACUUAUACUCAAAACUUCUUGGAUCCUUUUCAAACCAGACAGAAGCUCUGACUACCGAGAACAGAAGAGGGAUGUCUCAGUGUAAGAAGAGAACACGAAUCCACUCUGUCCGUCUGUUCACCCUUUUAGGGGGGUGCUCAAUGGAUUAGAUGAUGGCUGCCAACAUUGUGAGGUUUAUCUUCUUUAUUUAUACUACUGACUCAAAUAUUUAGAAACAUUCCAAAACUCACCCAGAAAUAGUUUUACUAGCUAUCUGGGAAGCCCUUUUGUGAGUACAAGUUGGCAUAUGAAGUUAAUAAUUAACACACACACACACACACACACACACACACACACACACACACACACACGCCUGC